ACCGCGGGAAAUCCACCUGCGAGCUGAUCACCUCCCGCAAUUUUGAUUGUGAAGUCCACCACGUCACCACCUACCAGUCGUACAUUGUUGAACUGCAUCGAAUUCCUUCAAAACCCGGAAAACCAGUUGCCCUCCUUCAAACCGGCCUGAUUGGCACCUCCGCCGAUUUUGUCAUUGGAGAAGAAAAAAUGGUGUUAGACCUGAUUACCCUGAGCAAAAGUUUGGCUUUUGAGCUGUCCAGAGCCGGCUACGACGUUUGGCUGUCUAAUAAUCGAGGCUCAGUUUACGGAAAAGGUCAUCAAAAUUUGAGCAGUGAAAGUGGUGAUCCGCAGUUUUGGAAGUUUAGCUUUGAUGAGAUUGCCCGUUAUGACGUCCCGGCGGUGAUUGACUACGUUCUCAAUCAGACAAAACAAGAAAGCCUUCACUACAUUGGCCACUCUCAAGGGGCGGCCACGAUGUUUGCGCUGCUAUCGGAAACGUCAUCUGUUAACCGGAAACUGGCCUCAUUUACUGCCAUUUCACCGGUGACAAGACUGGGCAAGGCGUCCACCUCAUUUCAACUGCUGCUCAAAACUCUAAAACCACUGCUUUACACGGGCCGUUUCGCUAAAUUUGACCACGGUCUAGUGAAGAAUCUUCAACUUUACGGGAGUUCACAACCUCCCGAGUACAAUCUCACUUUGAUUACUUUCUCAAAUCCUCUCACCGUCAUCUACUCAAACAAUGACUG